AACCAGCGCACUGCUCCUGUCAGUCAGCUGGAGUAGGUGGGGUCACAAAGAGCCAAGAUGGCUGACUUUGAGGAGCCGCUGUCAGAAGAGGAGAAGGUACGCAUAGCAGCCAACUUUGUGACUCAUGCCCCUCCGGGAGAGUUCAAUGAGGUCUUCAAUGAUGUGCGACUUCUUCUCAACAAUGACAACCUCCUCAGGGAGGGGGCAUCACACUCCUUUGCCCAGUACAACAUGGAUCAGUUUACUCCUGCUAAGCUAGAGGGCUAUGAAGAGCCGGUCUUGAUCACAGAGCAUGGGGACUUGGGUCAGGGACGUUUCCUGGACCCUCGCAACUGUUUGGCUUUUCGCUUCGACCACUUAAGAAAAGAGGUGAGCGAUGUCCAGCCCUACGAAGGAGAGACGGCCCUGAGAAGCUGGAGAGAUGCCUGUGAUACUUCCCUUAGUGCCUACGUCAAGGAGCACUACCCUACUGGAGUGUGCACAGUAUAUGGGAAAACUGUUGAUGGUCAGCAAACUAUCAUAGCCUGCAUUGAAGGACAUCAGUUUCAACCCAAAAACUUCUGGAAUGGUCGCUGUAGGUCAGAGUGGAAGCUAACCCUCGGUCAGUCAACUGCUCAGGUGGUGGGAGUGCUGAAAAUCCAGGUGCACUACUAUGAAGAUGGGAAUGUGCAGUUGGUUAGCCAUAAGGAGGUAGAGGAAUCAAUACCAGUGACUAAUGAAAGCCAGACAGCCAAGGAAUUUGUUGACAUUAUUGAGAAUGCAGAGAAUGACUACCAGACUGCCAUCAGUGAGAACUACCAGACCAUGUCUGACACCACCUUCAAGGCCCUGCGUCGCCAGCUGCCUGUCACACGCACUAAGAUCGACUGGAAUAAGAUCCUAAGUUACAAAAUUGGUAAGGAGAUGCAGAAUGCCUAGUGGAAGGUCAGGGACUUACCAGGGAGACGCUCAAUCCACUGGGCCCACAACAACCCGCCUAUACAUGCGCAAGGACUAACCAAAGCAAAGCUUUAUCAGUAUGGGGCAAGGAAUUAUAAAAAAAAAUAAAAAAGUAUAACUGAAGAUUUGCAGACCAUUAAGCACAGAUAUCCGUCUGCUGUAAGAAAGUUAUGGAAAUAAUCAUGGUUGGGAGAAAGCGGUUACUUCUGGGUGUGUGUUGUAAAAGAGUUGUGUUGGGUCAGUGUGCAGGGCUUUGCUCAGGACUGCUACGUAUAAAGUAGACCUCCAGAAGUCAAAAGUUAAAAUAGUCAAUCUGAUGCAGAACUGUGGAGUUCUCAGCACACAGAGGAAAUAACCAGGACCACACAAGGCAGCUGAUGAGAGAAAUGAAGCACACAUCACAUAUCAGGGUUUAAUUAUAAGAAAAAUGUAAGCAUUUGGAAAGCAUUUACUGGAAAUACCAGUAGUUGUGUGUUGCUAGUGAAAUUGACAGUAUGUCUAGCUGUGCACGAUCCUCAGCAUAGCUCUGUUCCUGCACUGUACACCUGUACGUCUGUCUCUGUCUGUCCGGGCUGAGGGAGUGUUACCUGUUUUCUGUUGCACUCCACUGAUUUAUGUCUCCACCCAUGCAAGCAUUGAUGAUGAAGAUAAAGCAACUUCCACGCUGUAACGUAUUCUCUGUUCUGUUACAUCGGCAACAUCACCUCCAUUGCUGUACAGCUUUUCCUUUGUAAGAAGGAAAACAUACUCAUAUUAACCAAGAUUUAUUUGCCAAAAUCUCUUUCCUAUGGUAAAGAACUCCAUCUUCCAACCCAUGUAUGCAAAUUUAUAUUUUAAUAUGCCGGGUUUUUUUUUGGAGUCUUAAAAUAAUGCACUCUUAACUGUAACAAACGUGUAUUGGUUGAUGCCCAAUGGACGCAUCACAGUAAAGCAAGAUCAUAUACUGCUGACAGGACUUCUGAAAGGCCAUAUCAUAUUGUAUGUGUUACAUAACGUCUGAGUAGGCUGACUCUGGAUCAGUUACUUGUUAUACUACGUGCUGUGUUCAACCCUCACACCAUACGACAACUGUGUGCCGAUCAGUUAUAAAGUUGAAGACUGUACUGCCCCAUUCUGUUGUAAAAAAUAAAUGGAUUGAAAAUA